AUGGAAAAUUGCUAUUUGUCAUUCCAAACUUACAUAGCUAAACCCUUCUGCAAACACUUCUACAUCCAGAUUGAAGAAAUUAACAUCAUGAGUACUUCACUACCGGGCCAACAACAAUUUAUAUCAAAGGAAGAGGAGGAUUGCUUGCAGGCCAUUCAAUUUGCUACUUCAACAGUGCUACCUUUCGCCUUGAAAACUGCCAUUGAUCUUGAUUUGUUAGAGAUCAUAGCAAGAGCUGGUCCAGGUUGUAUGCUUUCUCCUGCUGAGAUUGUCUCUAACCUUCCUGCUAAGAACCCUGAUGCUCCAGCUAUAAUUGAUCGUAUCCUUCGAGUUCUUACUGCUCACUCUAUCUUAGCUUGCCAUCUUGUCACCGAUGAAGAUGGACACACAAAAAGAACAUAUGGUAUAGCUUCAAUCGGCAGAUGCUUCCUUCAAAAUGAAGAUGGAAUUUCUGUAACUCCAUUCCUAAACAUGGCUCUUUAUAAACGUUUCAUUGACAGUUGGAACUUCUUCAAAGAAGCAACAUUGGAAGGUGGCUUAUCAUUUGUCAAGGGAUUUGGGAUGAACUUUUUUGAGAUGGCUGCAAAAGAUAAUAAUUUCUUCAACCCUUUCAACCAAGCAAAGUCCAACCACACUGCCAUAGUCAUGAAAAAAAUACUAGAAAUUUACAAGGGUUUUGAGGUCGUUAGCCAAGUGGUAGGUGUGGGUGGUGGAUUAGGAACAAAUCUUAAGCUCGUUCUUUCCAAGUAUCCACAAAUCAAGGGUAUUAACUUUGAUUUGCCCCUUCUUGUUAAAGAUGCACCCAAUUUCCCAGGUCUGGAGCAUGUAAGAGGAGAUAUGUUCACCCAAAUUUCUCAUCGAGAAGUUAUUUUCAUGAAGUGGUUGCUUCACCAAUGUGAUGAUCAAUGCUUGAAGUUACCGAAAAAUUGUUAUGAUGCAACACCAGAGUCUGGCAAAGUGAUAAUAUUGGAAUCCAUAUUGCCAGAACUGCCCAUGACUGCUCUUCUGCCAACAACAACACUUAACUUGGACUUGGGCUUGGCUCACCUGCUCCCUGGUGCAAAGGAGAGAACAAAGAAAGAGCUUGAGACAUUGGCAAGGGACGCUGGAUUCUCAACUUUGAAACUUGUUUGUCGUGCUUAUAACUAUUGGGUGAUAGAAUUGUCAAAACUGUGA